GAACUAGAUUCUUACCUUUUUAGUAAUUCAGGUCACCCAAAAGGUUUCUAUCCUCGGACUCGGACCACCCAACAAAGCCAUAAAUGGCUAUAAAACCGCUAGCGCCAAAACUUUACUCCAUCCCCGAUCUUUAUCACUGCGAUUCAGAUUCCUUCAUAUUUCUAUCUUCAAUCUUCAAUUCAAGAUUGUAUUCGUUCAAUUCGCUCAUUUAUCUACCUAUUGAUCCCGAUUUCAUGUCUCGCCGUGUCCCCAAUCCAAUUCUAGGGUUAGGGUUUUGAAAUUUCAGAAAACUUCUCGAUCUGAAAAGGUUUUGCCCGAUCUGUGAAUAAAUUGUUUGCCUUUUAGUACUUAACUGUCCGAUUCUAUCUGGGGUCAUUCAAAAUUUUCCCGAUUUAUCUGAAAAUUGAAGAAAUGUUUUGAUCUUAUGAAAUUUCCAAUUUUUUAAAUUCUUUUUACCUGUAUAAAUUGGGGAUACACAGUUUACUGCUUGCCCCUGUUUUUCAAUCGCUUGUAAAUUAGUAUAAAAAAAAAUACAACCAUAGGGGUCUAGUAUUUUUGGGUUGAGAAGCUGGUUUUUGGGUGCUUUUGUCAAUCGCUUGGACGCCAAUAUUUUCAGGGCAAAAUGAUUAACAAACGGCCUUUUGGUGGUGAGGAUUCUUAUGAGGUUGCUUGUAAGCACCCAAGACAAUUGGAACAUUCUAAUGAGGAUAUUUUUCCUUUUAAUGGUGCUCCCCAGAAAUUUCAAAUUUCAGAUGGUGAAGGUGAUGGUGAUGGGAGUUUUAGUAAAUGUCCAGAUGAAGGAAGGUUUGCAAGUGACUUGGGAACUUCAGUCUCAAAUGAGACCUACAAAGAACUUGAAACUGGUGCUUCUGGAAGCUUUGCCCGGUUUUUGUGGUCCAACAGCAGCAUUAUUGAAGCUAAUGUAAGACCUGAGGCAGCAUCUCAUCUAUCAUUAUUCCCAGAAUUUUUUGCACCUGUAAACCAAUGGAGGGCUUUACUUCAUUCUGACGAGAUCUGCUCAUCUCCUGUUGAUUAUCCUCCUCGAAAGCUAGUUUCUAUUGGUGCUCAGCAUCAAGCUCAUGUUCCAGUAUGGGGCUUUGAGGGUUCACACGCUUCAGUUCAUCUAGAGAAAUUGUAUCCUCAACAUGAGCCUUCAUGUCCUUCCAGUCAGGAUCUUGUUCUUGAUGUUAACGAGGAGAAGCUGAUGGGUACCCGUGUCAUUUCUAUGCCUGACCUUGAAGCAUCUGCAGCAAACUAUUUCUGUGAAGAUGUGGGAGCUAGAAGCAACUGUAAGUGUGGUGAUGCAGGUUCUGUUAGAUGUGUGAGACAACAUGUCAUGGAAACAAGAGAGAAACUAAAAGAAGACCUUGGAGAGCACCUAUUUGAAGAGUUGGGAUUUUAUGAAAUGGGAGAAGAGGUUGCAGAUAAAUGGACUAAAGAGGAAGAGCAUGCCUUCCAUGAUGUUGUCCUCUCUAACCCUGUAUCAUUGGGUAAGAACUUCUGGCACCACCUCUCCGUGGCUUUUCCUUUCCGAACGCAUAAAGACCUUGUCAGCUAUUAUUUUAAUGUUUUCAUGCUCCGUAAACGGACUGAGCAGAAUAGGUUUGACCCUCUAAACAUUGACAGUGACGAUGAUGAGUGGCAAAAAAUUGAGCUUGGAACCGUAGAGGAUGAUGAGGACUCUGGGGUGGAAUCUCCUGUCAAUCUAGAUGCUCCUGCCUAUAAUCAGGAAGAACACUUAGAGGGUUGCUAUGAACACAUUGAGGAUGCAUAUGACAUAGAUGGUUGUAGAGAUGGCAAUGAUGUGGUUGAUUGCGUUGGAAUGAAGGACAAGGAUGGGGGUGAUAUAGAUGAUGGCUCAGGAGCUCAUGUUGGGAGUUCCCCUGGUGGUUCUGGUGGUACCGAAACUCAGAUUUUGGAUAAGAUUGCUAGCAAUAACAGAGAGGAUUAUGAUAUUCAAGAUGAUUCUUGCACAUCAUAUGAGUAUCAGCGAGACAGUUGAAUUCUUUUGUCCUCUUAUUGACAGAAAUGGUUCAAGAGACUGCGGUGUAGAAUGACGUGAUCCUUUUCUGAGUAAGUACAAUAAGCAUCGUGACUGACCUAUGAGCUUUUGAAUGAUAAAUUUCAAGAAGAAGCCCAAUAAGGAUGAUAAGGUGGCACGGGGCAAGAUGAACUACACUAGGAUUACUAAUUCCCAGUACUGUUGUUCCAUUGAAGCCAGCUUUGGGCUGUAUGAACUCUUUAAAUCCUCCUUUCAGGAUUUGGGGAACCCUGAAGAAGGAUUUUCAAAUGGACGAUAGAUUAUUAACCCUUCAAAGAUGCAAGUAGUUUUCUUUCAAUUUUUUCAUUUCUUGGAAGAAGGCAGCUACGGAUGUAGAUUUUUAGCGCAUGAUGGAUGCCCAUGGGUUAGUCAAAGGGACAGCCAUGGUCGAUGGACUUUUUCUUCAGUGAACAGGGUGCAAUUUCUUUACCUGUGAGCCAGAAAUUCUGUUUUUUUCUUGUGAGGAUGAGAUGUGAAAAUGUGAAGGUUUUCAUUGGAAGUGAAUCAAAUCAACA